UUCCCUCCGGCCUCCCUUCGACCCUUCCCCUCCCCCUACCCGGCACACUCGGGGGGCUGGGAACGAGCUGCCAUGUGAUGCGCGUCCUCUGGGCGAGCUUUUGGUGACCCCCGAACCGCCCACCGCGCCGGCUCCCUGGAGGGGGCUGCAGGCUGGGAAGACGUUGGGAAGAGGAGGCGGAAAAGGACGCAAAGUUCUCUGGCGAGUGCAGCUGUCUGCUUCAGGAAGUGAAGUCUACAGUAACGAGGAGAAUCUUUAAGAGCUGCCUCGCACUGUGACAUGUCUGAGCCCUUGCUCCAGUCCCUGCAGCAUGAACAAGGUGGACACUCACUGACCUGUCACAAGGUUACCCUGCAAAGCUUUGGGGUCCAUGUCUGAAUGGAUUGCUGGAGCCUUCUCAUCUCUCCCUUCGCCCAGUUCCCUGCAUCCUAAGCCUCCAAGCCAGCACAGAGCCUGGAAAAAUUACAUGGUGUGAACGGCAUGUCUGUGGAUGAGAAGCCUGACUCCCCCAUGUAUGUGUAUGAGUCCACAGUCCACUGCACCAACAUCCUCCUGGGCCUCAAUGACCAGCGGAAAAAGGAUAUUCUCUGUGACGUGACUCUGAUCGUGGAAAGGAAGGAGUUCCGGGCCCACCGGGCUGUGCUGGCCGCGUGCAGUGAAUACUUCUGGCAGGCGCUGGUUGGACAGACGAAAAAUGACUUGGUGGUCAGCUUGCCUGAGGAGGUCACGGCCAGGGGCUUUGGGCCUCUGUUACAGUUUGCCUACACCGCCAAGCUGUUGCUCAGCAGAGAAAACAUCCGCGAGGUCAUCCGCUGUGCGGAGUUCCUGCGCAUGCAUAACCUGGAGGACUCCUGCUUCAGCUUCCUGCAGACGCAGCUCCUGAACAGCGAGGAUGGCCUGUUCGUGUGCCGGAAGGACGCUGCGUGCCCGCGCCCGCCCGAGGACCGCGAGGACUCCGCGGGAGAGGAGGAGGAGGAAGAGGAGGAGACCAUGGACUCCGAGACGGCCAAGAUGGCCUGCCCCCGGGACCAGAUGCUUCCAGAGCCCAUCAGCUUUGAGGCCACCACCAUCCCCGCAGCCGAGAAGGAGGAAGCGCUGCUGCCCGAGUCCGAAGUGCCGGCCGACACCAAGGAGAGCUCCGAGAAGGACGCGCUGACGCAGUACCCCAGAUACAAGAAGUACCAGCUUGCAUGUACCAAGAAUGUCUAUAACGCAUCGUCACACAGUACCUCAGGUUUUGCAAGCACAUUCGGUGAAGAGAACUCUAGCAACAGCCUCAAGCCGGGGCUUGCUGUGGGGCAGAUUAAAAGUGAGCCGCCCAGUGAAGAGAACGAGGAGGAGAGCAUCACGCUCUGCCUGUCCGGAGACGAGCCUGACAGCAAGGACAGAGCCGGGGACCUCGAAAUGGACCCGAAACAGCCCAGCCCCGCCCCCGGCCCCGCCCCCGCCGCCGGGGCCACCUGCCUGGAGAGAUCCAGGAGCGUGUCCUCCCCCUCCUGUUUAAGGUCUCUGUUCAGCAUAAAAAAUAGUGUGGAGUUGUCUGGCUUGCCCAGUACCUCUCAGCAGCACUUUGCCAGGAGUUCGGCGUGCCCUUUUGACAAGGGGAUCACUCAGGGUGACCUUAAAACUGACUAUGCCCCUUUCCCGGGGAAUUACGGACAGCCUCACCUGGGCCAGAAGGACGUGUCCAACUUCACCAUGGGGUCGCCCCUCAAGGGCCCUGGGUUGGAGGCUCUCUGUAAACAGGAAGGAGAGCUGGACCGGAGAAGUGUGAUCUUCUCCUCGAGCGCUUGUGACCAAGUGAGCACUGCGGUGCAUUCGUAUUCUGGGGUAAGCAGUUUGGACAAAGACCUCUCCGAGCCGGUGCCAAAGGGUCUGUGGGUGGGGGCUGGCCAGUCCCUCCCCAGCUCACAGGCCUACUCCCACGGUGGGCUGAUGGCUGACCAUUUGCCGGGAAGGAUACGGCCCAACACUAGCUGCCCGGUGCCAAUCAAAGUCUGCCCUCGCUCGCCCCCCUUGGAGACCAGGACCAGGACUUCCAGCUCAUGCUCCUCCUAUUCCUACGCAGAGGACGGGAGCGGGGGCUCGCCCUGCAGCCUCCCUCUCUGCGAGUUCUCCUCCUCGCCCUGUUCCCAGGGAGCCAGAUUCCUAGCCACAGAACAUCAGGAACCAGGCCUGAUGGGAGAUGGAAUGUACAACCAAGUCCGACCCCAAAUUAAAUGUGAGCAGUCUUAUGGAACCAACUCCAGCGACGAAUCCGGAUCGUUCUCGGAAGCAGACAGUGAGUCGUGUCCCGUGCAGGACAGGGGCCAGGAGGUCAAACUUCCGUUUCCUGUAGAUCAAAUCACAGAUCUUCCGAGGAACGAUUUCCAGAUGAUGAUUAAGAUGCACAAGCUAACCUCAGAACAGUUAGAGUUCAUUCACGACGUUCGGCGGCGCAGCAAGAACCGCAUCGCGGCCCAGCGCUGCCGCAAGAGGAAACUGGACUGUAUUCAGAAUUUAGAAUGUGAAAUCCGCAAAUUGGUGUGUGAGAAAGAGAAGCUGUUGUCAGAGAGGAACCAACUGAAAGCCUGCAUGGGGGAGCUGCUGGACAACUUCUCCUGCCUUUCCCAGGAAGUCUGCCGCGACAUCCAGAGCCCUGAGCAGAUCCAGGCCCUGCACCGGUACUGCCCCGUCCUCAGACCCAUGGGCCUCCCUACAGCCUCCAGUAUUAACCCCGCACCCCUGGGCGUCGAGCAGAACCUGGCCGCCUCGCAGUGCGCCGUGGGGGAAGGCGCGCCCUGCUGCUUGGAGCCCGCGGCCGCUCCGCCCGGGCCUCCCUGGGCCCCCGGCGGCGCCCCGGAGAACUGUACUUCCAGGAGGCCGGAGGGCGCUGAGCCGGGAACCUUCUCAGAGAGGGCGCCUGCUCUGGAAUCCAGGAGCCAGACGGUGACCGUGGACUUCUGCCAGGAGAUGACUGAUAAGUGUACGACCGACGAGCAGCCCAGGAAAGAGUACACCUAGUGACCCGACCCGCCUCCAGCUUUCCCAGCUCGCCCACCUGGGUGUUCUACGGUCAGCCUGCGGUGCUCUUCAUCUGUUGUCUGGAAGAACCAAGAAGGAAUUUGGUGCACACUACAGCGUUCUUAGCAGCAAUACUGUUUCUAAGUAUUCCCUCCUCUCUUCACGCGGGAGUGAUACACAGUCCCUUCACAAUGGUGCUACCCCUUGCCCAGGCAAGGAAAGACGGCGGUGGUGACACUGCCUGUCUGUGGGUUAAUUUCAGUCUCAACAGGGAUAGACUAUAACACCUCUAGGACCCAACCACGGAUUUUUUUUCUCAGUGGCCCAUGUCACAAACCCUAUCUCAGGAAUUUCUUCUGAAUGUUCAAUUUUUUUCAUUGAAGACAGCUUCUAUACACAUCAAAGUUUUAUAGCUAGACUGUACAUAUUAUAUAUAAUAUAUAUAUAAAAUAUAUAUAUAUCCAUAUGCAAAAGUCCUGCAUGCCUCAAUUUUCUCAUCCUAAAACUGGAAACUUCAUUUCUCAUUUAUCAACAGGUUCCAACAUUCCUCUUCUUUUGUCUCCAAUGCUAGAACUAGUUUGGUAACUGUUAACAUGGUCAUUUUUCUUGCUUCACAGUUCAAUUUCAAUUUGUACUUAUUUAUGGAACAGAAUUCAAUGUUGGAAGCUUUUUUUUUUUUUUGAGGUUUUAUUUCCGACCCUUUUUCUGUUGUUUGGUUUGCUUUUGGGCACCAUCGGCCGGUGUCAUCUGAGUGUUGUGGUUUGUUUUGUUGUUGUUUUUUGUUUGUUUUUUUUUUUUCUUGCAGAUACUGUACAGUCAUGGUCAACUUCGCCACUUGCACUGAGUUUUGGGUCAAACCUAUUUUCUUAAAUGAAGUUGUUAUUACUUCAGUAUAACUCAAGUAUACUGUAUAUUCUUUGCUUUUAGUUGAAAAGUAAGACAUUUUAGCUAAUUAAAAAGCACUCAGGUGAUAAUUAUGUAGGAAAAAUAAUCUUGCCAAAUAAUGAAUUCAUCCUAGGAUGUGUAGACAAUAAUCUGCUUGAAUAUUUUUAUAUUUCACCUCCUCCCCACCUUUCCCGGAAGCAAAGUUUAGAUGCAGAGAGUUCAGAGUUGAUGCUGAAUGUUCAGACUCCUAAGUGGGGAGAGAGUUUGGACGUCCACUCGAAAGUGCAUCCAAACAGCAGGAACCCAUGAUUUUGUACCAGAACUCAGCAGGCAUUGGCUCCUAAAAAUCAACUUAAAACUAUUUUCUCACCCAGGGGGCGAGUCCCAUUCAUUUCAACCCAUCCUUGGGCCUCUGCCUGCUCUUGGAAGGGCAGCGCAGGAGGAAAUUCUUGGAAGGAUUUGGCUGAUCAGCCACCCCACCCCUGCCCCGCCCCCCUUCCCCUUCCCAGGCCCCUUGCCCAGCUGGGUUCCCAGGACCUCUCCCUUGAGUGGGAUUGAAUCACAGCAGCUGGUGUUCUGCGUGUAAGCGGUGUCCUGGGUUAACGUAGCUCAGCCAGAGUAGGAGAGAGUGGGGGCACAUGUGAGCCUGGGCUCUGUCCCUGAUGCAAGCGAAAGCAUUUCUUUCUCCCUCCCUUCUCCACAUGCUUUGAGUUGAAUUCUGGGGGAUUUCUGCUCGUCUCUUGUCUGAAGGCAGAUUUCAUUCUGAGGCUUUAGACACGAUAUGGCCAAGGAGCCCUCCCUGUCCUGCCCCUUCCCACCACACACACACACACCUACCCUCACCUGAUAAUUUUCUUCUCUUGCUGCAAAACUGGUUGGCUUGCAACCCAUAGAGAGCAGCUUUCCUUGGCUUUGGGGGCGUGCUGGCCCCCAGCCACGUUUACAGGAAGAUGUGCCCAGACCCUGCCCCCAGCCUAAGAGGAGGAGGAGUCCCUCCUUCCCUCCCUCCGGUGGGGGCCCUCCAGCCUGGCUGAGGAAAGAGUCCUGAAAGGUUUGAUGUGGGGAUGGGGUGGUGGGCAGUGGGGAGUAGAUGGUUGACUUUGUUUCUUUAUUUGUGCCAUUGUUUGGACAAUAUUAAAGCUGCAUGUAAAAGGGGAAAUUAGUAUAUGAUGUAGGCGAAAAGUGAAAUCAUAGUAACAUAUGUUUUAGUAUUAUUAACUUUUUUCUGUACAAAUAUUAGCGCUAAAUGUUUAAAUAUGUAUGAAUGCCAGAAAUUUGUUGGUUCAUGCGGUAGGAUUAAAAAAAAAAGGCUUUUCUUUUCAAAUAGUUCCGCUUUUAAAACCUGCCUCUGGGUUUCUGUUUCUCCUCAUGUGCGUGUGUAUGUGCGUGUGUUAGUCUGAGACAGAUUCUGAGGCGGCUCAGAAUUGGAGCUGCCUUUUUUUUUGCGGUUGUUGGAAUUUCUUGGCCUAGUGGAACGGUUCUGUGCUUCACGUGGAGUUUGCCUUUGUGGAAAACUGGUGACAGCUGGAAUUUAAAUUCAAUGUGAAUCACGUGAGGCACCACAGGUCUGUGUUAUGGUGGUGGAGUCAGCCAACAGUAUUUUGUUUUUAACUCUCUUGUUGCCUUUUUUAAGUGACCUCCUCUUCUUUUGGAAAAAAAAAGAAUGUUUCCUGCUCGUCUCAUCACCAGGUCCAAACCAGCCUGUUGUUGGUGUGAUCUACCCUGGUGACAGCUUGUGUGCAAACUGGUCAUCUUGACCACAUUCCGUUGGUCUCCCCCUCCCCCCCCAGUCUGUUGUUUGGGCUGCAUGCAGGCGCUGUGGCCAAGUCCGGGUGGGGGAGGGGGUCUCCUGUUUUCCCUCCACCCUCUCUGCCCACAUUCUCCGGCCAUCACCACCGCCCCCCCAGCCCAGCUGCUUUUCUCUCUCUUCAGCAACCAAACUCCUGCUAUGGGAACUGGUUAGAAACACUGCUUGAAAAACUCUUUCCAUUUCUUAGAGAUUUUUUUUUAAUGACUUAUGAUUUUGUUCACUAUGUACCAUAAACAGUGACUGGCUUUGUGCAAUUGUGUGACCGGUCUUGUCUCCUGCUACCCUGAACCACGUGUUCCUAAGAAUUGUUUGCAGGUUGAUUCAAAGGGAGGACUAGCUGGGGACCAGAAUCCAAACUGCCUCAAGUGGAGUUUUAAAAAACCAGCCUGUCUCCUUAAUGUGGGAUCCCUUGGUGCAGCCUCUUUUAUGAAAAGGAAAAGCGAGUUAAGAACAGGGAAUAGUGUUUGCACAGCACGGUGACAUGUAGUUGUGCUCUAAAGGGUCUUUCCUUAUAAAAAUAAAGGACCCUCCCACCGUGGACUGCUUAGGAAGAUCCCUGCCACGGCCUAGUUGGGUCUCCAAAUAGGUGGGCAUGAGCUGUUGGGGCGGGGACCACGGCGGAGGCCCCAUGGCUUGUUACCAUGUGCCUGGAUCUAGUCCUCCCCUUGGAUCUGCCUGUGUCCUACUUGUGUGUCCAGACGACCUCGCUUCAUUCAGGUUGGUCAGGCUUUGGGCAGGUGAGUGCUUUGCUGUAUGUGUUUGUUUCUCUGCGUUAUCUGGGGGUGCCUUGAAUAAAAUCAGACUUCAUUACGUACUGAUUCUGGAACAAAACUGUUGCAAAAACAAAACAGAGCUGGCAAACUGACUAGGCCAUCCUGCUAUUUCGAUUCCAGGUUCCCUCACAAUGACUCAGGCGUCAGAGGUGAUGCUGCAGUAUAAAACAUUAUUUUGUAUAUUGUACAAGUAAUUUAUUAACUGUCUUUCUAAAAGUAUGCUGCUUUUAAGAUGCACUAUGACUUUGGAUUUAAUCCUUGUAUUGCUUUCCCAAGGAAGUAAAAAAAAAAAAAAAAAAAAAAAAGGCUAGCGAUUAGAAUGCCAACUGCCACUUCUCCUUAAAAAGGAGGCCAGGGACCAGCUCUAGGACUUGCACCAGCGAACUGCUAGAAAUCAGGUGGCCACAAUAUGAAGUUCGAAGGUAUUAUCAGGAGAUCUAGGGGUGCCUGGCUGGCUCAGCCAGUAAAGCACAUGACUUGAUCUCAGGGUUGUAAGUUCGAGCCCCACAUAGAGAUGACUUAAAAUCUUCAUUUAAAAAAAAAAAAAAAGGCCUAAACCUACACUUUCUUUCUGAAUACUUUAUGAAUGCCUUUAAAGAAAAAGAAACAAAGGUGUAUAAACUAUAAGCCUUUUAAGAAAUCCCAGAGUCCUGUCCCUACAUGCUGCUCCACAUCCUGUGGAGUACAACCCUCUCAAAGUGGGUAGUGCCUACAAAGCUACUUGGCUACAAAAGACCUACCUACCUGGCUGGAUCUCCACAUUCUACCCCAUUGAAACGAGCAGCUGCUUAAUCAAUAAAUGACUUUAACCUGCUCCCCUAUGGCUUCUAGUUCAGGAGGAGUCGUAGACCAGGAAGGGAGCAGGCAUCAAGUUUUGUCUUCAAAAUACUAUAAAUAGACUGAGGGGCAGAAUCUUUUUUUGUUGUUUUUUUUCCUUUAAGAAUAAAACUGUUCCCUCAAUCAUAAGUUAGUAUUUCUUCCCCAGACUGAGGAUCUUGUUGUAGGCGGUUACUGGCGAGUCAGUCCACAGCGCAGUGCCCUGCGUGGAGUCAGUAUGUGUGCAGGACGUCCGUGUGCGUGGAGCAGUCUGUAUGUUCUCAGUACCGCCUGAGCCAUCUCCUGACCCAGGCAUCAAAGACUGAUGCUGCAGAACAGACGAUAUUUGUACACAGAGCGUGUGUGCAAAUAGUAUUUGUACAUAGAAAGGACCUAUUGUGGCAGAUUGAAGAUAAAUUAUUCAACCGACGGUGCAAAAACAUUUCUUGCAAAGAAAAGGAAGUGUAAAGUAUUUUCCUACACUCCACCCUGGGAGAUAAUAUUUAUAUCAGAUGAGUAUCAGUGCAUUUUAAUUGUACUAUGAACCUGAGGCUGCCGUUCUGUUGGUCGCAGAGGCCCACUUUGCCGCUUUGAUUUCAUGUUGUGACGUGGUGCAUGCAUCUCGCUAUCAAGCGAUGGAUAAACAACUCUUUCACUUCAUUCCAGUUUAUUGACCUCAGCUCAAACAGUGGCCCUCCUUAGAAGCAGAAGGGCACCAAGACCAUUCAUUCAGUGCCAAGUGUUCCUGGGGGGCUGAUUGGACACGUAUGUGAGGAAAGAGGGAAGGGACUUGGACAAAGAGGGGCUUUCCUACCGAUGAUGCUAAGUCUCCUACCAAAACACGUCUGCAGGCAGAGGGGGUGACCUCCACGGGGUCCUAAUGGUGCAUUUGGCGUGUGUGAAUGAUGGGAUGCCCAUUCACGCUCGGACCUAAAAGACCUGCCACUUCUAGCGAGUGACCAGGAAGAUUCCAAAUGCACUUGGGAGCUCCGGGUGCUGGUCAGACACACAGUGAGCCGUUCGAGGCAAGCACCACCUUUUGCUCGUGAGGCCAGAAGGGCCUGGGAGAAUUUGUUCCAGAACCAGUCUGAUGCAAGUGCACCUCUAAUAUAUGCCUUACAAACUCCAGAGGCCAUAUUCAAAACAGGGUCUUCUCAGUGUAUGCAAGGGGCCGCAGCCCCUCUUCUCUUCCUCCCCAGGUCGAACAAUACGGACAGUUUCACACAUAUCUACCUGUAUAACCCUCUGUACCUCUCAUAACUGCUCAACGACUGUAACAGGUUACAUCAGGUGUUUUUCUACAUACUUUUUACACAGAUUCUAUGCGAUUAAUGUAACUUAAUGCAUCAUUUUAUUGUACUAGUUCUUAGGCUUGUCUUUUUUUUUUUUUUCUAAGUGAUUGUGGUUUUUGUUGUGGUUUUUAAUUGUAAAAAUGAAAUGGCUGUUGAUGCUUAUUCUCUGUAACUAAGAAUUUUUACCAUUUGGGGGAAAACAAAACAUUGCUAUGAACUAAUGAAUUGAAACUUCAUUUACUCAUUGUAAAUACACUAUUGUGCAAAAAAAAAAAACUUUUUUCACUCAAUUGAAUUGCUAGUGUUAACUGAAUUUUGUCUAGACACCAUUUCUGUUGAUGAAAUAAAGACAUAUCAUUACGCA